UUAAGUGUGUUUGAAUUGUGUGAUUGCGCUCUGGUGUUAAAUAAAGCAGCGUAUGUGCUGCAGUCCCUCUCUAAUGUGUGGAGCCUGUGUAUGUAUAAAACCCUCCUGGCUCACACAUGUUCCUCCUGUGUGUCGGUAGUUUCUGUCAAGUCACAGUGUGUAGUUAGAGGUCGACGAAGGAGGAAACAAGAGGCAGCUGCUCAAAAAUGGCCGCGUGUCGUGUCUUCGUCAUGAACACCAUGGUGUCAGCCGUUAGUUAGGGCGGUCACACUGGGUUCAGGCCUCAGAGCUGCUCUAACAAACAGGCUGUGAAAUGACUGAGUGUGUGUCAGUCUGCAGUGAUCACUGACACUGGAGUUCAUUUACUCUCUGAUAGAAUAACACGAGGCACCUGAGUGAGGACCUCUUACAGUGUUUAUGUGACACACUCAAACAGCUUGUCCUUUACACGCCAUACACACUCUGUACAGUAGGUGGCGUAUGCACCAUCCACCGAUGACGUAAGAGUGUUUCCGGUCCAGUGGUUAGCAUCAGUCUGUCGGAGGCAGCAGUGUGAACUACAUGUCAACUGAAGUAUGUCCCGUAGCUACAUUACAUUUGGGCAACUUGUGGCUCUGAUACUGUCUCUGUCAGCAGCAGACUCUUCUGUGGUGCACGUGCACCCUGGAGAUGACGCCACUCUGAGAUGUGAGGCUGGUGAUGUCUCUAUCUCAGCUGUAGAGUGGACCAGACCUGACCUGGAGCCACCACAGUACGUCCUCUUAUACAGAGAUGGACACUUCGACACAACCGAACAGCAUCCAUCCUUUACAGGCAGGGUGGAGCUGGUGGACAGAGAGCUGAAGGGCGGAGACGUGUCUUUAACGCUGAAGAAUGUGACCAGCAGCGAUGCUGGAACAUACGAGUGUCGAGUCAAAUCAGGUGGAUUUACACGUACAGAGAGAGCCAUCCUCAAGACUGAUCCAAUCGGAGUCAUUGAGCUGGAGGUUAGAGGUGCAGAGAAGGAAAACUCCAUGGGUGGAAACACAGAGAGUGAACACCCCGUAAACGGAAACUUCUCUCGUGGACACGUUGGACUGGGAGGUGUUGCAGUGCUUCUUGUAGCUGCUGCAGUGUUUGCUGUCUGGAGAUAUAAACGACGUUCAGACCAGAGAUCAGAACGGCCUGCUGCUGCUGAUGAAGCAGGAACCGAUCAGCUCAUGAGUCCCUCUGCUGUUUGAGACUGUUCCUCAGGUCUGCGCCUUCGGACCAGGGACACAACAAAGACUGCACCUGGAGCCACAGCUCUUUCCAGCCUUCAUCUGCCAACUAAGGAAAGCAGCACUCUGUCUUCCAUCCACUCGAGGAAAGUAGCCUCGAACAUCUUGACCAUGUCUGGCCUUAAAAACCUGGCAGGACCAGCUCGAGCUCACUUCUCUCACUGAACAACAAAAAGUGGGGAGAGGGGAAAAAGGGAAAGAAGGAGAAACUGUAAAACUUAUUUAUUUAUUGUAAAAUUGGUUGAGAUUAUUAAGUUGUGAAACACAAACUCAUUCAAGCUGUUGUUACACUUCAUUUUUUCUAAAAUGAAGGACUUUAUUUUAAGAUGCAAUUUUUCAAAAGCUUUAAUUUAUUUUCUCUCUUUUAUUUUUAAACACAUAUCUGUAUAGUUCAAUGUUAAGUGACAAUAAAUAUUGUUGAAAUGUU